AUGGCCAGCUCCUCCGGCGACCUCACCAACGGCGGCGGCGGCGGCGGCGGAUAUAUGGUACACAGCGGCAGCGGCGCCACCGCCAGCGCCCCGACGACGACGACGAAGACGAAGCCUCUGACCAUGUUCUACAACGGCGGCGUCGCCGUGUUCCAUCUCCCGCAAGACAAGGCGGAGGUUGUCAUGAACAUGGCGGCGGGUGAGGACGGCAGAGACGACGACGGCGGCCGCCAGCGGCGGCCAAACCACGGCGACGAGUUGCUCGCCAAGUUCAGGCAAGAGACGAUGCCCACGGCAAGCAAGAGAUCUUUGCAGCGCUUCUUCCAGAAGCGCAAGGAGAGUUCCAUCUUUAGUGUCAACCAAUUUCUUGUACAGAGGGACAACAUAACUAUUCCGAAGUAUACUGCAACAUUCCAAAGGCUCGAAUCUAGGCCAAACAACCCAGCCCAAGGGGUUGCUCCACUGGGAUCCACUAAUCCAAGUGUCAACAUAAAUGACAAUUCACUCUCUGAAACUUAUCACUUUGUUUCUAGACCACCUCCAUAUGAUACUGAUCCUAGAUAUGCCCGUGUUCAAAGAGAGGGAUUAGUCUCCAGGCGUGAGAAAUCCAUAAAUCUUGCACAAGAAGAGUCACUAGCCCUUAGACGAAAUGGCAGCAGCUCUGGUAUUGAGCAUUUAGCUGCUCAGAAGAAACGCAGCAGCACUGAAAAUGAGGGUGAAUAUAAGGUCCAUCGUUCUGAAUCAACUAAGAGUUUGUCUGCAAAAGCUUAUAGUAGCAGCUAUGCAGUUGUCGCUUCAGAAGAUGAGGAUAUCUGCCCUACUUGUCUGGAAGAAUACACGCCAGACAAUCCAAAAAUUAUAACCAAGUGCUGUCACCAUUUUCAUCUUGGUUGUAUUUAUGAAUGGAUGGAGAGAAGUGAUACAUGCCCAAUUUGUGGAAAGGAAAUGGAGUUUUGCGAGAGCCCGUGA